AUGGCGGGAGUAGCCCAGCUGCACUACGAUGAGGAGGACUGUCUGGGCUUGGAGCUAUUUGCAGCGGAGUUAGAGCUCCUGCUGGCCACCAGGGAUCGCAGACCCGAUCAAACGCAGCUGCUGGAGCUGCUGCAGAAGUUGCAGACCUCCAUCAGCGGCGCAGAGCCAGCGGUUGUCAAGCGCUGUCAGAAGCGAUGUGAAGGCGCCCUAGCCGACGUGCUGCGCAAGGGCGCGUGUUCGGUGGUGCGGGGCCUCGCAUGCAGCUGCAUGAGCAGGCUGUUUGCCGCCGGUGACACGCUGCCGCUCUAUGGCCGCGUCAACGCGCUUCUGGGAGAGCUGCAGGAGAAGGAGAAGGCGGGCGGGGAGGCCCAGCGCCUGGCAUCGAUGGAGCUCCUUGCGGCGCUGUUCUCCGCGCACGGGCGGCGCCUCGGCAGCAGCGGCGCUGAGGCGAUGGGCAUAGCGUCCAGGACCGCCGGCAAGGGCGCCACGCCCGCGCUGCGAACCGCGGGGCUGCGGCUUGCAGUGGCGGUGGUGGACGGGCUGAACCCCCUGGAUCGCAACGCGGCGACCGUGCAUGCAGAGGGCUGGAGGCUGUUUGACCGGUGCAUCAAGGACAAGGCGUCCGACGAGGGCCGCGCCCUGGGGGCGGCGAUGCUGGCGUCGCUGGCGCGCGCGGGCGGCGGCGCGCUGUGGGCGGCGGGCGGCACGGGGUGGGAGGAGGGCUGCAGGGCGUGCGCGGCGGCGCUGGAGGACGGCAGCGAGGCGGUGCGCGAGGCGGCUGCGCUGGCGCUGGCGGAGCUGGCCGCCUGCCCCCGCAGCCCCGAUCUGGGGCUGACGGCCGCCCUGGAAGCUGAGAAGAAGCCGGCAAAGAGGCAGCAGCUGGAAAAGGUCGCGGCGGGCGCGUUCAAGGCGGCGCUGGUGGUGCCGUUUGUGGAGGCGGCGGUGCGCGGCAGGAAGGAUGCGUGCGUCGCGCUGGCGGGCGCGUGGGUGUCGUACGCGCUGGGCCUACUGGGGCGCGGCAAGCUGGACGCAGAUGGGCUCGUCGACCUGGGGGUGACGGCGGUGGCCAUGCUGGAGCCAGCCAGCAAGGCGGCCGCCGCGGCGGACGCGGCGGCGGCGGCGGCGGCCAAGGGGGCGGCCGCGCAGGAGCCGGAGCUUGGGGCGUGCCUGGCGGAGGGGGAGAUGCCCCAUGCGCAGGCGUGCGUGGUGUAUAUCUUGAGGGUCGCCAUCAUACGCCAGCUGCCGGAGCAGGGCCAGCGGAAGCUGCUGGACCGGCUGGCGGGCGCGGCGGCUGGCGGCAUCGCCCCGCCGCUGGUCACUGCGGCGCUGGAGGGCAUGGGGGCGCUGGUGGAGGUGCUCGGGGAGGUGCCCCUGGACGCGGCCGCGGCAGUCGAGCAGGCGCGCCUCUUUGUGGUCAGCAGCAAGAUCACCUCCCCCUCCAGCUCAGUCCGCCACCAGGCCACCUCCGUGCUCGCCGCCCUCGCCCUGGCCGCACCCCCCCUGAUGGCGAAGCUGCUGGGCAGCUACCUGGAGGCCGUGGAGGCGGGCGCGCAGACACUGCAGAUGCUGGCGGCGCCUUACAGCAAGCCAGGGGUCGUGGGCAGCAGCAAGCUGGGCCCAGGCACGCCGCGCGCGGCGCCAGACAGCCAAAGCCGCCACGCAGUCGACGCGCUGCACGGCUACGCGCUCGCGGUCGGCGCGCUGCUGGUCGCCAGCGCCCGCAGCGCGCUCGGGGUGCCCAGCAGGCUGCCGCGGACGGCGUUCUGGGUGGCUAAGCGGAUGAUCUUGCAGGUGAGCUGGCGGCGGUGGCGGGCGCGCCUGCUGCGGCUGUCGGACACCAUUGCUUCCAACCCUGCGCGUCCCCUGGCACCUCUGCCCUCUGCUGACGCGGGCGCACGGCUGCGCGUUGCUGUCGGCCGCGGUCCCUACUGCAGCGCGCACUGGGCUGCCGCUGCCGAGCGCGAUGCCGGCUACCUGCUGCUCGGCGCCCUCUGCGCCGGCGGCGCCAGCGCAGACAUCCUCGUGGGCCUGUCAGAGGCGUCCCGCAAGCGCGGCGCGGGCGGGGACGCGCUGUCGCUGUUUGCGGUGGCGCUGGGGCCGGGCGCGAGGGGCGCCGUGGACGAGAAGAGCUACGCGGGCCGCCCCUGCGCGGAGGCCGAGUUUGCGGUGGCGCUGUGGUGGCGCGCGAGCGCGCUGCAGGCGCUCAGUGCGUACGCCCUGGGUGUGAUCGCCAAGGGGCUCGUGCCAGACCCCCAGGCUCAGAUCCGCGCUAUUGCGCAGAUGGUGGCCCCACUCCUGGACGCCCUGAUCUCCCAGCCCGCCCUCAUGGACCCCGCCCGUGCCCUCCUGUCUUUCGCCGCCGACCGCAACGGUGCCCCCACCGCGCCCCCCUCCCCGGACGCGGCCCCCGGGGGCGGCCUGGCCUCGCACCCGCACGUCGCGGCGGCGGCAGCCACCCUGCAGCUGCGCCUGCUGGAGGCGUUCUUCUACAUGCCAGGGGCGCAGCUCUUUGCGCCGUGCCACGGGGCGCUGCUGAAGAUCUGCUGCCGCCAGCUGCAGGGCGUCGGCGGCGCCAGGGUGUCACCAGGCGCGGCGGCGGCGGUGGCGGCGACGAGCCUGCGGCACAUGCUAUGUGGGCAGGACGCCAUUUUGGGCCCUUGGCUCCCGGGCAGGGAGCUUCUGGAGGACGAGCUGAGGGCCUUCGCGGGUGAGCGCGGCGGCCCCCAGCAGCACCCAUGGGAGGCCGGCCUGGCGUUCACCGCAGGAUUCCUGGGCCACACAGACACGCUGCUCGCGGGAUCACGGGGCGACGACGACGCGCUCGCGCUCCUCGCACCCGCGCCAGCACCUGAGCAGCAGCAGCAGCAGCAGCAGCAGCAGCAGCAGCAGCAGCAGCAGCAGCAGCAGGGCGCGGAAGCCAACGGGACUGUUGCGCACGAGGGCCCGGCGCCGCCGGACGCGCCCUGGCUCGCCGGCGGCGGCGGCGGCGUGUUUGACGGCGGCGCCCCCGACGGCGGCGAGGGCGUGCAGCUGCGGCGCGCGCAGGCCGACGGCGUGCGCGUGCACCGGCGGUUCUUCCCCUACCCCCAGCCCUACGGCCUGGGCCCGGCGCUGCUGGAGGUGCAGCUGUGGCUGCUGGGGAAGCUGCUCGCGUUUGUCCCCGUCAGCGCCCAAGUCCAAGUCCUCCAGAUCCUGGCCACCGCGGCCUCCCCCAAGUCCCACCCCCUCUCGCGCAAGGACCCCGCGGCCGCCCGCCAGCGCGCCGCCUGCUGCGAGGCCGCGCUCGUCGCCACGCUGGCUGGCCUCGCGCCCAUCGCCAAGCGCGCGGCGCGCAGCAGCAGCAGCGGCGGCAGUGGCGGCGGCGACGGCGGCUUGGAAAAGGUGGCGGAAGCUGCCCUGGCGCUGGCAGAGGCCCUGUUGGAGGACCAGGACGCCUCAAACCCCGCGCUGCGCCGCGGCGGCGCCGAGGUCGUGGCCGCGGCCUGCUGCAUCGGGAGCGACGCGUUCGCGCUGCAGCAGGUGCACGCAAUGUGCGCGCAGCUCGCGGCCUCCCUUACCGACGAGGCGCCGCCGCCCGGCAGCGCUUACACCAGGGACGCCCUCUGCCUGUCCCUCGGCUGCGUGCACCGCGCCAAGGGCGGCCUCGCCCUGCGCUCGUCAGUGGGCGUCACGGUGGAGCACCUGGUCUCAGUCGCCUCGCGCCCCGCCGGCGGCGCGCCGCUGUGGGCGCUGCAGGGGCUGCUGUGCGUCGCGGGCGCGGCGGGGCCCGCGUACGGGCCGCACGUCAAGCGGACGCUGCAGCUCGCGGAGGAGUUGCUGGUGUCGUCCGUGGGCGACGCCCCGCUGAUGCGCGUCGCGGCCGCGCGCACCGCCAACGCAAUGGUGGCAGUGCUGGGCCCCGAGUUCCGCCUGGGGUCGGCCUCCUACCAGCGCAUCAAGUGCCUCGUCACAGACACCAAGCCCGCGCCCCACGACGACACCGUGGUGGCAGCCGCCGCGGCGGGCGGCGGCGGCGGCGGGCUCGCGCGUGGCGAGGCGACGUGGGCGGCGCUGGAGCAG